AUGAACCACCUGGCGCCGCGUGGCGUCUACCUCAGUCCGUACCUAACUUGCGCCCAGUGCAACGCUCUCAACGUCGUCAACGCGCACCGCCUCGGGCCGGCCACGGCCCUUGGGCGGCAUCGCUUUCAACGCGAGGUACUGCCCGUGUGCGUUGGCUGCGGGCGCACGCUGCAACUGCGCGUCGGCGUGACCAACCACGCGCCGGUGUUCGCGUCCCAAGCGGCCGCCUUCCACCACGCCCAGCACAUUCGCGCCGCGGCCGCCUUGACGCUGCAGCGCAUCGUGCGCGGCGGCCUCGCACGCUGUGACGCGGACCGCCGGCGCCGGGCCAAGGCCGCGCGUGACGCGCUCGAGUGCCGCGCGGCGACGCUGUUGCAGCGGCGCGUGCGGGGCAUGCAGACGCGGCGACGCACCAAGAUCCAGUCGGGCGUCUCGCUCAUCGCGUGGACGCACGAGAGGCUGCUUCAAACGCUCUUGUGCGAGGCGUCGGCCGCGACGGCGCGCGUGUUUUGGUUUUCGGACACGGAGGAUCUGGCGCUCAUCCAACGCGACUACCGUGCAUAUGUGCGACGUGCGGGGCCGUCCAUGACGUUGCGCCGCUUCGAAGGCAACGUUCUCCUUUUGGUCCACCGCAUAUGGGCGAUGCAGCAUCGCAUGGCGGCGCGGAUCCAAGCGCGUUGGCGCGGCGUCCAGCUCCGACACGUUCUUCGCAUCUACCUCUGCGAGCUCGGUCGACUGCGGGAAGUGUGGCACUGCUGUGCUGGCCUCAUCCAGCGCAACUGGCGACGACGCUGCGACCACGUCAAGGCGAACCGCCAGCGUAGCACGGUCGUCCCAGUUGUCGGGCAGCGCCGCCGACCACGCCUUCUGCACGACGUUCGCCGCGUGCGGGCCGUGUACGCCCAGCACCACCGCCACACGGACAAGGUCGCGGGCUACCUCGCGCACCCGCACGUCAAGAUGCUCGCCGACAACGAUGUGCUCCAGGCCUUUGCGGCCACGUACGGCGCGAUGACGUCGCCGGCGAUGCAGCGGCACCACGCCGCCCACGUCGACGCGCGGCGCCAGAUUCACGCGUUUGUAGCCAAGGCGACAGGCCGCUGACACAGAUGGGCAUGGCAUCUGCGCGACCGUCGUUGCCACGUGCACCAUAUGCAAGGGAGGGCGGCGGAGCUUUCCCCGGGUGAGUAUCUUUCUCGGCCAGGAAGCCCCUUCGAGACCACAGCCUCCACCUGCUGUGCAGGAGGCGAGCGGCGCGCGACCCAUCAGAUGGCCGUCCCACGCCCUAGCGUAAUACCACCACGCGGGUGAAAGUCGUUUCCCAAACCAGCCUCGUCCGCUUUGUCACAAGCUUGCAGGUGGCCACCAAGGGCCUGGAAGUGGGCCUCACGCCCCUGGCCGGUACAACUACACGGUAUCAUGGAUCCAUCCGGCGAGUGGGCCGUGCGUGGCGUCAGUGCCAUGCUGCAACGCGUCGAACACGCUUCUAUUAUACACGAGGGCGAGACGCUACAUGUCUGUGGUUCGAAUGCACCCACGAUCUUCGAGCACGUCCCUCGCGCCGCCACCACAUUUGGCUGCCACGUCAUGGCCUUGAGACAUACUUGAUACAAAAGAAAUAUUUGAGACGAGGAUGAGAAAGAUAGAGCCCGGUAAAAUUCCA